CAAAAGCUCACCUCUUCCAUUCUCCGUCUUCCUCUCCUCCCCCUUUCCCUUUCCACUUUGAUCCCAAACCACCAGACCUCGGAUCUAAUCUCCUUUCCCUCCUGCAAUGGCUGCCACCCCCUCUGUUCGUGAGGAGCAUGUUUACAUGGCCAAGCUUGCCGAGCAGGCAGAGCGCUACGAGGAGAUGGUCGAGUUCAUGGAGAAGGUUUCAGCUGUCAUCGACAAGGAGGAGCUCACCGUCGAGGAGAGAAACCUCCUUUCUGUCGCCUACAAGAACGUUAUCGGCGCUCGCAGGGCUUCCUGGCGGAUCAUUUCCUCCAUUGAGCAGAAGGAGGAGAGCCGAGGCAACGCCGACCAUGUCUCUGUGAUCCGUGAUUAUAGAUCCAAAAUUGAGACCGAGCUCUCCAAUAUUUGCGAUGGAAUCCUCAAGCUCCUUGAUUCCAGACUCAUUCCCUCCGCCGUUUCCGGAGAUUCCAAGGUUUUCUACCUCAAAAUGAAGGGCGACUACCACAGAUACCUGGCCGAAUUCAAAACCGGAGCCGAACGCAAGGAAGCCGCCGAAAGCACUCUCACUGCUUACAAAGCCGCUCAGGAUAUCGCGAAUGCUGAGUUGCCUCCUACACAUCCUAUCCGACUUGGAUUGACCCUUAACUUCUCUGUAUUCUACUACGAAAUUUUGAAUUCCCCUGAUCGUGCCUGCAGUCUUGCAAAACAGGCGUUUGAUGAAGCUAUCGCUGAGUUGGAUACCCUUGGCGAGGAAUCCUACAAAGAUAGUACUUUGAUCAUGCAACUUCUUCGCGACAACCUCACUCUCUGGACAUCGGACAUGCAGGAUGAUGGUGCGGAUGAGAUUAAAGAAGCUCCCCCCAAGCGUGAGGAUGAAAAGCAGUGAGAUUAGUGGCUCCCCAAGUAGAGUUAAAACUUCUCCUUUAUAUGUUUUUGAUAGGAGAAAAUGCUUGCUUGUUGUUGCUUAUUUUGUACUGUCCUGCCUUCUCUAAGGCUCUCAUGAUAUUUCGUUGCGAUCCGAGCUGCUACAGAACCUUGUUUAUCUUUUCUGAUUAAUUAUUAUAUAUCGAAAAUCAGUCUCUGUGUUCCUUCUCA